CUCCUAAAGUCCCGAAUGUGAUUGGUCAGAUUUGUCGAAACCCGGUUACCAAGCGGUUAAGCGCUCGGCUGCGCUUGUUGGGCGAGAGCGGCAAGCCACGUUGACAGCAAAGUGCUUCUUUCUUUUGUUUUCCUCCGGCGCGUGAGUAAGGAAGAAGAGCACAGAAGCCACAUCAUCAGUCGGAAUGAGUGUGGGAUUCAUUGGAGCGGGCCAGCUGGCUCAUGCACUGGUCAAAGGUUUCACGGCUGCAGGUGUGAUCGCUACACACAGAAUCACAGCCAGCUCCCCCGACACUGACCUGCCCACUGUGACUGGCCUCAGGAAAAUGGGGGUGAGCUUGACAACAAGUAAUAAAGAGACCGUCAACAAAAGCGAUGUGCUCUUUUUGGCUGUCAAGCCGCACAUUAUUCCAUUUGUGUUGGAUGAGAUUGGGCCAGACAUUGAAGACCGUCAUCUGAUUGUCUCUUGUGCUGCAGGUGUCACAAUCAGCUCCAUUGAAAAGAAACUCCUUCAGUAUCGUACAGCGCCUAAAGUCAUGAGGUGUAUGACCAAUACUCCAGUAGUGGUGAGAGAAGGUGCAACAGUGUAUGCUACUGGCACUCAUGCAGAGGUGGAAGAUGGGAAGUUGCUGGAGCAGCUGAUGUCCAGUGUUGGCUUCUGUACUGAGGUGGAGGAGGACCUCAUUGACGCCGUCACCGGCCUGAGCGGAAGUGGGCCUGCCUAUGCAUUUACAGCGCUGGACGCACUAGCAGAUGGAGGAGUGAAGAUGGGUCUACCCAGGAGACUCGCUGUGCGACUCGGAGCUCAGGCUCUAUUGGGAGCAGCUAAAAUGCUGUUGGACUCAGAGCAGCACCCUGGCCAGCUGAAAGAUAAUGUUUGCUCACCAGGUGGCGCUACCAUUCACGCCCUCCAUGUGAUGGAGAGUGGGGGCUUCCGCAGUCUUCUGAUCAACGCAGUGGAGGCCUCUUGUAUUAGAACACGGGAGCUCCAAUUUCUGGCUGAUCAAGAACGCAUAUCUCCAGCAGCCAUUAAGAAGACCACGCUGGACAAAGUGCUCCAGCAGCCCGGAGUCACAGUCAGCGGUGUGGCCAAUGGAAACGGCAGAUCAGGGCUCAGCUUGUUCAACAACAAUCGCAACUCCGGAAUCAAGAAAAAGAACUGAAAAGAAAGAAAAGCAGAAAGCAUUUCAGAUUCCCAAUUUACGGAUGGACAUGCGUGUCAUACACUUCUCAGUCGUUCAACAUGCAGGUCUCGGGAGUUCUGAAAAGACCGGACCAACGAUACAUACUUCUGUCACCAAAUUAUUUAUUUCAGCCCAUUACGUUGAACCUCAUACAGGCUUGAGUGCAUCUUUGUUGCACCACAACUGUUUCAUGUCCACAUUCACUUAGAUAAGGGGAAAGUGCCUUUUGUCUGCUCAAUAGUCAAUAGCGUUUUUAAAUGUUAUCAAGAUAUUAAUCAUUCACAACCGGUGAGCAUGCAUAUUUGACACAUAUAGCUGUAAACAGCAGUGAAUUAUUAAUUGAAACUUGUUUCUCAAAGAUUUUUUUUUUUUACCUGGGGUAAAAGCUCUGGUCUAAACCAAUUUUCUUUCCCUCAUAGAAACAUUGUGUGGAAUAUUAUUAUUUUUUUAUUAUAAAUAUAUACAAACACGA